CCGGGGCGCGCCGGGGCCGGGCGCGCGGGGAGGGGGGCGCAGGAAGCGGGCGAGGCCGGGCGCGGGAGGCGUCGGGACAAAGGCGCGGCCGCCCCGCGCCCCGCGCAGCCCGAGCCGGGGCGCACAGCCGGGGCACAGCCCGCGCCCCCGCCGCGACGGACAUGAUGUUUCCACAAAGCAGGCAUUCGGGCUCCUCGCACCUACCCCAGCAGCUCAAAUUCACCACGUCGGACUCAUGUGACCGCAUCAAAGAUGAGUUCCAGCUGCUGCAGGCACAGUAUCACAGCCUAAAGCUGGAAUGUGACAAGCUGGCCAGCGAGAAGUCGGAAAUGCAGCGCCACUACGUGAUGUACUACGAGAUGUCCUACGGCCUGAAUAUCGAGAUGCACAAGCAGGCCGAAAUCGUGAAGCGGCUGAAUGGGAUUUGCGCCCAGGUCCUGCCCUACCUCUCCCAGGAGCACCAGCAGCAGGUGCUGGGCGCCAUUGAGAGGGCUAAGCAAGUGACCGCCCCUGAGCUGAACUCCAUCAUCAGGCAGCAGCUCCAGGCUCACCAGUUGUCCCAGCUGCAGGCCCUGGCCCUGCCCCUGACGCCCCUGCCCGUGGGGCUGCAGCCGCCGGCACUGCCUGCCGUGAGCGCGGGCACCGGUCUCCUGUCACUGUCGGCGCUGGGCUCGCAGGCCCACCUCUCCAAGGAGGACAAGAACGGACAUGACGGGGACACCCACCAGGACGACGACGGGGAGAAGUCGGAUUAGCAGACGGCCGAGGCCGGGGCGCAGGGAGACAGCCCAGGCAGUGCGUCCGGCUCCAGUGUCCACUCGGGGUCCUCCCCAUCCGUGUGCUGCCCCCUGGCUUUGCUCCUGUACCCCUCACACACA